AUCAUUAUCAUCAUGAUGUGGGUGGAGAUCCUUUGUGGUCUAAUCAUUUACAAGUUGUACCGCCGCUUCUUCUCCGACGACGACGAUCUUUUGGAGGUCGAAUCCUCGGAUACCACUGCUCUUUUCAACGUCGCUAAUAGACUUGAAAAGCUUUAUGGAGGAAAGGUGUAUGUCGGUCUUCGAAUUCCAGAUGCUGAUACUGGUUCACGACAGAACGUGGAUAUGGUACUUGUUACCAAAGGGGAGGCAGUGGUGAUCUCUGUCAAGAAUUUGUCAGGAUUGGUAACAAUUAGUGGUGAUGGCAGCUGGGUUUGUGAAAGUAGUAAACACAAGGCAGAGCAUUUUCCUGAUCCUGUGGGGGAGACAAAGAAACAAGCAUCUGUUCUUGAAUCAUAUUUAGAACAAAGGGGAGUUGCUCUACCAGAAGGAUAUUUGUCUUACAAAGUUGUGCUUCCAAAUCCAAAGUUCUGGACCAUUCAUUUGAGCAAUUUUCCUUCUGAGGUCAUUACAUAUGAUCAGUGGGUGCAGUUGAAACCGGAACCUAAAGGCAUGUUUUCUGGGUGGAUU